AUGGCAAAUACCCAUCAGCUGGUCGUGGGGUCCGCGGCGUGCUGCUUGCUGUUUGUGCUGGUCGUGCUGGUAGUCGAGAUCGUGCUGUUCGUGCUGAUCGCAAAAGUCGUGCUGGACGUGCUGGUCGUGGGUGGGCUGCAGAUCUGGCUGGCCGUUCUGAUAACGCCGCUGGUGGUGGUCGAAAUGUGUCCACAUGUCGUGUGGUCGCACACGCGGCUGAGGGGUGGACUGGACUUGGGGCGUCGGUUGGUGGUCAGCUGGCAAGCCACGGUCGUGUCCACGAUGUCGGCACAAUUGACCACCAGGUACUGCACCGAGCUCUUGCGUGAGUUCACUGAGGCUGUGACUGCGGAGACCCUGAUGAACUUCUGCCUUCACAGGAUGGUGCUGAUCGCGCAAGGGGUCGGCGGACUUGGGUUGGCGCACAGGGCAGAGUACGCGGACAAGGUGACUGAGCGGUCGAUGGCUGCACAAGUGUGCAGCUUCGAUCGGAAGCUGCACUUGGCCGGUGAGCAGGUGGACCUGUUUAGAGACUUGAACGACUUCGCUACCGGAGGGCUUCCGGCCAAGCUUCUGAUUUGUUUCAUACAGUAUCUGUGGCUCUGUACAAUUCUGAAAGAUAUCGAGAACACUUUCAGCAUCAUGACAGCGGUCUGGAGGAUCCCGAAAGGGAGAUUUACCAGAAUGGUGCUUGCAGAUUUGCGUGACGACAAUGACGAUAUCGAAUCCACGAGCUCAUCAUCCUCAGACCGCGACCACGGGACUGAUUUGGCUGGUUUUAUGAAAGUCGUGCGCAUAAUCUCUAUGGCACUGCUUCGCAAGAUUCUUGUCAUCACUGCGGUGGGGAUUCCAAAAACGUGCCUGGCAGUCCUGCUCUACUUGGUAGGGGCGAUGUGGCUGGCCAACACAAUCAACUUCUCAGAGCUCAUCCUGAACGGCGUGGCGCUGGCUUUCGUCCUCGAGUUCGACGAGGUGCUUUACUCCGUCUUCGUCCCGCGGCGGUCCAAGACUCUGAUGUCCAACCUCGAACCUCUGCCUUUCCGCCGCCCGAAUCCAGGCAGCGCAUGGUCCGGCACAUGCUCUGUAUCCACGGUCGUGUUCAUCAUAGUUGUAAUGUUCGCAGUCUAUUUUCUCUUGUUGCAGAGAGUCUUUUGGGAACUCGAGAUGGGUCACAGUAUCGUGUGCUCUGGCAAUCAAGAUUUCAUCUAUGCCGUAAACCCCGCCACUCAGAUGGUUCACGUGGCGUCCACAACGGGUGAGAACGUGUACACGGACACAGAAGAGAUCAUUGCCCAGGUGGCGCAGGUCGUCAUCCAUGAUCACCCGUAUUGGGAUGGCUUUGUCGACCAGGCCAUCUUCGAUGCCACCGUAUCGGAUUUUGACAGGGCCGUUCAUGCUCACGGGACAGCGGCAGCUUCGUUCGAUUCAAUCAUUCAGAUGAGUGUUUCGAGCAUGGCCGAGGCUGCCUUGACGCUCCCAUGCCGAGACCUCGCCUCUGGUCAGAGCCAGGAGGCUUCGUUGAAGACUUUGCAGGUGUUGUUGGCUCGGGACGGUUUGGUAUCCAAUAUUAGCAGUUGCAGCGGCAUCCCUCGGGACUACUGCGCGUACCAGAACAAGACGUGGUUACGCGCAAUUUGCCCCAGGCACUGCAGAUGCGAAGAGACCCUUCUGAGUAACACAGGCUUCUUCCAGAUGCCCGAGUUUGGGUGCCCGAGCCAGUGCGAGACGUUCAAAGCUGCGAAGAACGAGAUCGACUUCAGGUUCCAGCUGACCAAGCUGAAGACAGCCAGGCGCCUACAUGCAAGAGAGCCCGACGAAGCGGACCAGCGUCUCCGGGAGGCGUCCGAGGCGGCCGACCAGAGGCGGCUUUCGCCCGACGACCCGUCAGACAUUGCGAACCUCAGCGCGACCUCGACGGAGACGACGACCCCCAGGGACCCGGAUUGGACGGUGGCCGACCCCGAAGGCAGCCGCAACAGCAUCGUCCUCACUUCGGUGUUCGAGGGCUGCGCCGACCUCCAGGCCGCCGACUUCAGCUUCGGCGGCGGGUGCUCGGACUCGAACGGAGAGACGCGCUUGGACAAGAACGGCAACGACUGCACGGUCUACGCCCUGGCGCCCGAGGGCUGCGGCUCCGCCGACGACGACGACUUCCGGGCGGCCGAGCACUGCUGCGCCUGCGGGGGUGGCCACGGUGACGUCAAGAGCUCGCUCGAGUGCUACGACCACUUCACCGAGGCCUGCUGGCGCUUGCCGCCGAAGGCGAUCGUGUUCGUGCUGUACGUGAGGGGCCUGUUCGAGUACUCCAUGCGCGUGCCUGGGUUCCGAGAGGGCGUCGCGAACGUUGUCGAGACGGACUACGCCGGCAUCGCCCCCGAAGAGGCCACCCAGAUCGAGCUCAUCGAGCAGAUCGCCACGGGCGAGAUGGCCCGAUCUUUGGCGGGUGGCAGCUGGGACCUGGUACCGGGGCUGCCACACCCGCGAGGUCUGACUGGCUGCGAUUUCCUCGCCUCCUACGAGGUCACGUCCCUCUUGAACCUCGACCUCUGCGCCGACGGGGUGCAUCAGCACAUCAAGUUUCUUUGCCCCGUCGCCUGCGGCUGCGACGAGUCCAAAGGACUGGACGAGUGCCCUGCAACUUGCGUCCUGACCGGGUGCUACGGCGACGCGGCGGAGGAGGCGUGCGCUCACGUGCACCCCUGGUACAGCGAGGAGUGCAUCGCGGGCUACCACAACGACGGGGGCCUCCCGACGUGCUACGAGUGCACCGACGGCGAGACGAGGCGGCGUCGAUCGACCUCCUGCACGGAGUGCCCAGACGGCCACUACGACCUGGGGAACCUGGACGACUGCUCGCAGUGCCUGGACGGCCAGACGCGGCGGCGGCGCUCCACAUCCUGCACGGACUGCGACCCUGGCACCUACGACGCUGGCGACAACGACCAGUGCACCUCGUGUCUCGGCGGCACGACCCGGCGCAGGAGGGCAACGGCAUGCACGGAUUGCCCUGGCGGCACCUACAAGUCCGAGAACAUGACCUCGGACGAGUGUGCGGCGGCUCUGAGUUGCUCCACGACGAGGCGGCGCUCAGCGGUAUGUACCGACUGCCACCCGGGCUACUACAACGACGGGAGCUCCGACGACUGUGUGCAAUGCGAAGGUGGCUCAACACGUCGCCGGGCCGUCGUCGGCGGUGCCGUGGAGUGCACGCCUUGUGAAGCAGGGAAGCGAGACGACGGCGACAGCGACGAUUGUUCGGACGUCCCUUGCCCUGCAAAUUCAGUGGUGAUAGCUGGUGGCAAUGGGGUGGCAGAUGGUUGUGUUUGCGACGCUGGAUAUGUCGGUUCGAUUCGAGCUACACCAGAAUAUCCGUAUUAUUCUGGUAGGUGCGAAAGAAUACCUGUCCACACAAGGGAUGAUGGAUACUGCCAGUGGCCCAUCACCGCCGAUCAGGAUCUAUGUUCCUUCGCUGCGCAGGAACUCGGCUUGACCACGAGUGCAUACGUAACCGUGGAUACUGACGAGUGGGGUCUGCACGGUUGUGCUGUAGGUUCUUCUCUGCAAGCUCGGCCUACAUUGAACAUUGCUGGCGUGUAUUACUGCGGCUAUGGUGGUUCCACUUGUGUCUGCAUUGGGACUGGAAAUGAAACAACUUGUGCGGACAGGGAGCCCAACACAGGAUGCCCCCAGGAAGGUCAUAGCUGGAAUGUAUGGUAUGAUGAUUGCUACCUCGGGGACUCGGCGGAAUCCUGUUGCGGUUGCAAGGGGGGCGGGGUCUACACAAAGCAGUUGUACGAGUUGUGCGCGGACACGAACGACGGCGCCAUGAGCUAUGCGCAAGAAGGAACCGACUUGAGUGGAUGCCUCAAGUGGGAUUGGUACCCUUCGACCUGCGAAUGGGCAGCUUAUUACGACGAUACGGACUUCAGCCCUGCCGACAUGUGCUGCGCCUGCGGAGGCGGGCGCCGCUGGACCACAUCGGCAUCGAGCACCACUUCGGUAAGUACUACGUCGGAGUCCUCGACGACCACAGGUCACACGACCACGGAGUCAUCGACGCUGACCUCCACGACGGGGACCUCUUCGACGAUGAGUUCUUCGACCACAGAACACACGACCUCAGCGACCUCGACAACGAAUCCCUUCAUUGUCUCUGGCGACUGCACGUCUUCCGACGGCUGCGUGAGGAGCGCGAAUUACCCGUACGACUACGGUAACAGCGAGUCUUGCAUCAUCACUUUACGGUCUGCGUCGGUAUGGCUUACGCCGACGUGGUUCUAUACUGAGGAAAAUUAUGAUUGGGUGCAAUUGAACGGUGCAGCUUGGUACUCUGGCUACGGUUGGAACGGAGACGACCCAUUCGAGGUCACUUCUACGAUCUAUUGGACCUCUGACUUCGCGGUAACCCGUAGUGGUUGGCAGUUUUGUCUUGCCUGA